AUGGAAGAAGGAAAUUCGAUUAUUUAUGGUUUGGAACAUCAGACGAGAGCACUAUCAGCCCAAUAUGGAGAAAGCGAUGCUAUUAGAUUUCUCAUUGGCACGCAGAGUCUCAAACCGCAAGCAAACCAAGUGCAUGUUGUAGAGCUAGAGGAGGAUACGGGUGCAUUACAUACUAAGGUAUUCAAACAUGAAAUUGGUGAGGUAUGGCACCUGCGCUGCUCUCCGCACGAUGUGGCCACUUUACUCACCACACACAAUGCAUAUGACCCUAACACCUCCCAGUGUACCAUGGGUGUUACUAUAUACAAGCUACCCACUGUAGAGGUAAUCCCAAAAGAUUUGGAUGACCUGAGUGCAAUACAAGGCAGGAAUGCUGAGGAUAUGGAGCUACUGAAGACUAUAACACCAGAGAAACCAGAAGACGAAAUCCGCUGUGCAGAAUGGCAUCCCACAGACCCGAACCGUAUAGGCGUAGUCUACGAGGGUAGUCUGCGUGUACACGACGUGAACACGGGGUCUGCGGUGACAACAGCGGCGCCCGAGGGACGUACCCGCCUCAAAUUCACUGGCGGCAAGUGGAAUCCUCAUCAGGGACACACUCAGUUUGCAGUGCUCCAAGAUAUGCAUGUGAAAUGCUACGACACACGCGAUGACUGCAACAAACCAUCGUGGUGCAUCGACAACGCGCACAGGCAACUCGCAAGGGACCUAGACUUCAAUCCUAACAGGCAGUUUCAUUUAGCAACGGCGGGCGAUGACGCUGCUCUCAACAUAUGGGAUUAUAGAAACGGCAAAGAACCAAUAUUCAGCAGGACUGACCAUUCACACUGGGUAUGGAGUGUACGUUACAACUCGUACCAUGAACAACUACUGCUGACGGGCAGUUCGGAUGGUCGAGCCUUACUAACCGCUGCCGCCAGCGUUUGCCGUCAUUUGGACGACGAAGCCGCUCGCCUCAGCCAAGUUUUGGAAGAUGGCGUGUUACAAUCAUACGAACAACACGAAGACUCAGUAUAUUGCGCAGAGUGGAGCGCUGCCGAACCUUGGACCUUUGCAUCACUGAGUUACGACGCGAGGCUUGUACUCUCUCGGGUGCCCAGACAUUUCAAAUACAAGAUAUUAUUGUAACAUAUUUACUAUAAAAAGUAUUAUAUAUCAAUCUUGUGCAAGUUUUCAAUAUGUAUAUUAUGUAACUAGCUGGUACCCGCGCAGAGACCAAGUGGAAUUAAUCUUUAUUUUUAUAAAAAUAAAAUUAUACUAAUUUACUCGUUAUAAUAUUAGCUAGCUGCGAGUGAUAGUCCCGUCAAAAUCGGUCCAGUUGUCUCGUAUAUUAGCACGAACAAACUGACAGACAGAUAAAAAAUAACCUUAUAUACUUUUCCAUUUGUCUCAUAUAAC